GAGGGGUCACGUGCGGCGAGCUGCCCGAAGUCACGUGACGAAGACGCUGCGCGGAGGGAGCCGGGGCUGGGAGUUCUCCUGAGGGAAGAGGAGUGAAGUGUGGGGCACGCGGCGGCGGCGAUGACAAUGAGUUUUCUUGGAGGAUUUUUUGGUCCCAUUUGUGAGAUUGAUGUUGUCCUUAAUGAUGGGGAAACGAGGAAAAUGGCAGAAAUGAAAACUGAGGAUGGCAAAGUAGAAAAACACUAUCUUUUCUAUGAUGGAGAAUCUGUUUCAGGGAAGGUAAACAUAGCCUUUAAGCAAUCUGGAAAGAGGCUAGAGCACCAAGGAAUUAGAAUUGAAUUUGUAGGUCAAAUUGAACUUUUCAAUGACAAGAGUAAUACUCACGAAUUUGUAAACCUAGUGAAAGAACUAGCCUUACCUGGAGAACUGACUCAGAGCAGAAGUUAUGAUUUUGAAUUUAUGCAAGUUGAAAAGCCAUAUGAAUCUUACAUCGGUGCCAAUGUCCGUUUAAGGUAUUUCCUUAAAGUGACGAUAGUAAGAAGACUGACAGACUUGGUAAAAGAAUAUGAUCUUAUUGUUCACCAGCUUGCUACCUAUCCUGAUGUCAACAAUUCUAUUAAGAUGGAAGUGGGCAUUGAAGAUUGUCUACAUAUAGAAUUUGAAUAUAAUAAAUCAAAGUAUCAUUUAAAGGAUGUGAUUGUUGGAAAAAUUUACUUCUUAUUAGUAAGAAUAAAAAUCCAACACAUGGAGUUACAACUGAUUAAAAAAGAGAUCACGGGAAUUGGACCCAGUACCACAACAGAAACAGAAACAAUCGCUAAAUAUGAAAUAAUGGAUGGUGCACCAGUAAAAGGUGAAUCAAUUCCAAUAAGACUGUUUCUAGCAGGCUAUGACCCAACUCCAACAAUGAGAGAUGUGAACAAAAAAUUUUCAGUAAGGUACUUUUUGAAUCUAGUCCUUGUUGAUGAGGAAGACAGGAGGUACUUCAAGCAGCAGGAGAUAAUUUUGUGGAGAAAAGCUCCUGAAAAACUGAGGAAACAGAGAACAAACUUUCACCAGCGAUUUGAAUCGCCAGAAUCGCAGGCAUCUGCUGAGCAGCCUGAAAUGUGAACUGAAUAGGAGAAAAAAAAGAAGAAAACUCCUAUAUCUGUUGAGAUUGAAGAUCAGCAGGUUAAAGAUGGUCGCAGCGUGUAGGGCGGGGAAAAGGCCAAAACCCCAUUUAUGAUAGUCUUCCUUUAUCUUACAGUGCUGAGUUUAUUUUAUGACAUAACUAAAUGUUCUUCAUGUAUAUACAUUUAAAAAGUGCUUUCUUUGAAACACUGGAACUUUCUUAAACUGCCGUGUUGUUGUUUUUUUAACCACAUACUUUCAUUUAAUGAUAAGCACUCAGCUGUACAUCAGCAUAAACAUUAAAGAUUUUCAUGUGAGUAGGUUGGUAUUUGUAAUUUUGCUUUCUUUCUGCAUAAUGUUGAUUACAAAUUCUUUUAUUUUCCUUUUUCAUGCUAAUGAUUACCUCUUAUUCUCUACAUGCAAAAAAUUAAACAUUUUGUGUUCAAAUAAAAUUAGAAAAACCUGAGUGGCCCUUAAUCCUGCAAAGAUUUAAAACAUGGCAUCUCAGUAUUUUUGAAAACUACAUUUUUGUUUUUCCAUACGUGUUUGAGAAAUGCAUACGAGUGUUUCGCUGUAGGUGCCUCUGAGUCUACCAUUUCAUGGCUUCCUGAAUUUUGUUCUCUUUGAAGUCUUCUGUGGUAUGAAUAUUAAAUUUUUUUCCAUAAGAGAUUAUGUGGCAUGUCAUUGCAGCUCUUUUUUGGGGGGGGGUACCACAUUAAGUAACCAUUUUGCUACUACUAUCAGAUAGGUACCAUGGUAUGUUUUCUGCAAUGUGGAGUUGACUCUAUGUUGGCAUUUUAGUUUGUUAAAACUAUAUAAUUUUUCCAUAAAUACUUUGAAAAAAAUUUUUUUUGAUUUAAGGAAUCUUUUUAGCACAUAUAUGCAAAUAUAAUUUUCUUGCAAAUAUUCUCUUCCCUUUUCAGGGGAAAAUUUGAGGAUGGGGGGGACUCAGGAGAACUGGUGAAGUAUGUAGUUACCCAAAUCUCGACAAUUUCAUGUUUGUUAAAUUGGAAACUUGACUAGUUCAAACUCAAAUUUAAACUAAUUCAUCCACUCUGUUUAAAUUUUUUAAAUAUUAAAUUCAAGUAUUGUUCAAAGCCUCUGAGAACGAAGGUUGCAGUCAUCUGUUUUUAUGCUAUGCAUGGGGUCUGAUGCAAAUACACUAAAUGUGGGGUGUAGGAACUAAAAUGAAGCCUGUUGUGUGAAACUACUUUCACUUACGGUUCAUUGGUUUUUGUACCAAUAUUUUUUUAUAUACUUCAGUGCAAGUCUUGUCAGUUAACUUUACUUUAUGGGUAAGCUAAGUAACCCAAAUUACAUUUCUUUAAGCCUGUUUUACUACUAUGGCACUUUGAAAAAUGGUCAGUAACCAACUUCUUAACUGGCAAAAGGUUCCAGGUACCAUGUGCUGGAGCAUCUAUUUUAAAUGUGGAUAUCUGUGAAUGGUAAUGUUUUCCUUCAUGUAAGUGCCUGUUCAGAGUUUCAAAAUUUUAAAAUGCCAAAUAUUUUCAUGGUCACUUGCAUGUAGUAAUCUGGAAAAUAUUCAAAGAAAAAUUGAAAAACAAUUGUAUUUAACCAGCCUCAAAUUGUGCAACCAUGAUGUAUAAUAAAGAAUUUGAAACA